UUAUUGCUAUACAUGUUAUCCAUAAGUGUAUUAGUUGUUACGUCAGUAGGCUACAUUAUAGGCCUACUCGUGAUUAGCAGAGGGACUGGAUACUCACAGAAUCUCUGUGAUUUGUGUUUGAGUUUGAGAUUACUGUAGCGUUACUGUUAUUAGUUAUUUUGAAUGGAGAAAGCUACCUUUGGUGACGUAAUAUUUACUUGCAGGAAGGAGGCGUAGGAAGGAAUCGAAUCGAAUCACCGCCAUUCCACCGUCGCUUGUCAACACGGAGAGUAGAAAGGUAGCGCACGGCUAUUGAUAGACAAGCGUUGCUUCUUCAACUAAAAACACUGUCGUUUCGGUACUCUCGAUAAAUCUAAAAAUGAGUGACAAUGAAGAUGGUAACUUCGAGGGUCGCGUAAGUAUAGCUAUAUCGCCUGUCUUGUAUCUCUCUUCUCUUAACCUUCUUUCCCUUUCUAAGUAGUUAUUAGCUUGUCACUGCUCUUCGGCUAAUGAUGGCGUUAAAACGUUCAGGCCGUUUUUAACCAUACAUAUUUCUGCGAUUUUAAUACAUACAUAUAUUGAAAAAAGAGGAUGCAGCUAUCCAAUAUUUUGCUAACCUAAAAAUCAUUAUUAGGUUCCCUAACAACAGCGUGGUGACCAGCCGAUACGCAGGGCAACACCAUGUGAAUCAGACUCGAGUUUGUCUAAUGUUAUUCCUGUAAUGUGCAUUAACAGUAGUAGUGGUGGUAAUGCUCCACGUAUUGUUGAACUGUUACAUUUCAUAUGUAGUCAAAAGACGGUGAUUACGACUAGUGUUUGCAUCGCGGCUACUAAGCUAGCUUUUAAGCAAGGCUUGGCUUGGCCUCAUCUAAUUUUGGACAAUGGCUGCACACUCAUUGCUGCGUAUGCGGUACUGUGGUGGUCACUUACCAAUCAAGCUUCAAAUGGCAUGAAACACCUUUCUGAUUUCCUAACCGUUAUGAGAAUUGUGUAUUUGUCGUGGUGGCUGCCCUAAUGCUCAAAUACUGUUGUCCUACUUGUAGGUAGCACGUUCGCCAUUAAGGGCGUUUUGGAACAAAAUUGAAUCACCUGUCUCCAGCAUAGCUAGAGCAGGGCACUAUCUCUGUGUCUGUGUUAACAGCUGCUGCGUCUUCUUCUACUGCCUUUCCUCUGACUUUCAACAUUUCUUGACUCAACGUUUUUUACUCACCAUCUAAAAUAAUUUAAUGUUGUUUAAAAAAUACUGUAAAUACAUUUACUGUUUUAUUUUGGGCGAUUCAAUGCCCAUAUUUACGUUGCUCAAUCACACAUCAUGAUCUUUAAUAUUACUGAAUGUUCUUUUUUCAUUAAGGUUAUUGGUCGCGAAGGAAUUGAAGAGUUAAAUCCAAGAAUGUGGAAGAAUAUCCAAGAAUGUCAGAAGGCUUUUGCAAAUGUGUACAGAGCAGAGCAUAAACGGGGCGGGGGAGAAAACAGGACUCCAGAUGUCAGAUAGAAGGCACGGUCGCGUUUCGCUCGUAAUGCAUUAAGACGGGAUGAAAAUGGCAGAGGUUUCAAAAUUGGGUGAAGAAAAUGGAAAAGAGACAGCAAGGCAUGAAAAACGAAAACAGAAAACACGAAGACCGAAGAACUGUAGAAUGCGCCCGAAAGAGCGAGUAGGAGGAGUGAAUGUGUCCGUUUGUAGGUUAAGUAAAUUUGCGGUUUGCAUUCCACAUACCUGUACCUCUCUACCUUUACCUACACAACUGCAUGACACCUUUUUCCAUGGUUACCCAGGAGUCGCGCUCCCCUUCCAAGUCAGACCGCGGGAGCCCGGCCAACAUCAAGUCUGAAAGUCGGUCUGGAUCGGGCAGCCCCUCGCGCGCCUCAAAGCGCUCUGAGUCCAGAUCCCGCUCCAGAUCCAAGUCCAGGUCUCACUCCCACCGGCACUCUAACCGCCGGUACAGCCGCUCUCGUUCGCGCUCCCACUCGCACCACAAGAAGUCUCGCUCCCGCUCCUACUCCCCCGAGUACCGCAGCCGCAACCGUAAGAGCAUGAGCACCUCGCCCAUGUCCAACCGACGCAGGCACGGCAGCAGCCGGGGCUCCCAGGGUCAAGGAAGACCAGACAAAGCGAACCCGGACCCCAACACGUGCCUGGGCGUGUUUGGCCUGAGCCUGUACACCACGGAGCGCGACCUGAGGGAGGUGUUCUCACGCUACGGGCCCCUGGCCGGCGUCAACGUGGUCUACGACCAGCGCACCGGCCGCUCACGAGGGUUCUCAUUUGUCUACUUCGAGCGCAUCGAGGACGCCAAAGAGGCUAUGGAGAGAGCCAAUGGGAUGGAGCUGGACGGACGGCGUAUCCGAGUGGACUACUCCAUCACCAAGAGGCCACACACCCCCACCCCCGGCAUCUACAUGGGACGACCCACGUAUAACGGGGGAGGCGGAGGUGGUGGUGGUGGCGGCGGUAGCAGCAGCGGUGGUGGUGGUGGUGGUGGAGGUGGUGGCAGGAGAAGGGACUAUGACCGAAGCUACGACAGGGGAUACGAUCGAGGUUACGACAGAGGCUACGACCGCUACGAGGAAUACGACUACAAAUACAGUCGCAGGCGAUCUCCGUCCCCUUACUACAGCCGCUACAGAUCACGCUCACGAUCCCGCUCCUACAGCCCACGACGGUAUUGAAACGAGUAUUUUUGAUUGUUUGAAGACGUACAUGUGUGGAGGGGUUGUCAUCGUGCCCCUGACUACAGACGACCAUGUUCCGUAAUCUGAAGAGUUAACUCUCCUGGGAUCAUCAGGUCUUUUUUAUUUUAUUUUGUGUUUUAUUUUUUCGAUGUGCGUGAGACCUAGCACACUAUUAUGAUUGCAUAAGUGCAGAGGGAAUGUUUCUUUUUUUUUACAUUUUCCAGUGUUAUGUUGCAAGGCCUAUGAUACCCUUGAUUGUUUGUGUAAAUACAUUUGUACAGUGUGUGUGUGUCCGAGAGAGCGCCAGUACACCAAAAGUGUGCGUGUGUGUGUGUGUGUGAGAGGCAGUUCCUUCCCUGCAAAAGGUAUCCUAUUGUUCUGUUAGGAAGUACAGAUAUUCCACUGUAAACAACUUACCGUGAGUUACCAGCAGCACGCAACUUUUUUGGUCUAAGACUUACUGUAUUUUUUACAGAUUUCCAUGAAAGCAGUGUUUGCGCGUGACAGGGACUGUUGUGUGUGUGUGUGCGCGCACUCGCGCUUCAGUCCACUGGAUCUUGUGGUAGCCUCUGUUAAACACGUCACACUUCCAUUCGCUCAAGACAGAUGUGUGUUUCUCUCGUGAUUUAUUUUGACUGUAUUGUGGGUGUCCUUCUAGAGUUGUCUUUUUCAAGAAAUAAAAAAGGGUUAUCCAACUGUG